AUGCAGGGGUCUCCAUACGGCCACCAGUCGGCUACCGCUGACGCGGUCGAUGUCCCCUACAGCGAUGCGAGUGUAGCGACGGUGCUGUCGCUGUCGCCCUUCUCAGAGUUUUGCAAGUUGCGUGAUAAGUGGGCCGCCAAGCCGCUCAUCCGCGGCCGCUAUGUCGGCAUGUGCGGCGGCGACCCGGCGCAGCGGGAGCGGCGCGAAGACUUCGAGUGCAUCACGCUCACUGUCUCUCCCUCGGCAUCCUCCCAUGCCUUUGGCGGUGGUACAUGUCGGAGCGCCGUGUGGGGGCAGGUAGAGGCGUACAGCCGAUCCGCAGCAGGCAAGACGAUUGAUCCGGCGCAGCAGCGGACGCCGCUGGCGCUGGAGAAGUCGAUGCACUUUCUUGUCGAGCACUACCUGCGCGUGCCGCACACGCCCCUCGUCUACGCGGAGCCUUUCCGCGUCUGGGGCUACCUGUGGGACCGGUUUCGCGGCAUCCGCACGACGUGGGGUCCUCAGCUGCCCCCGAGCAACGUUAGCCUUCAGGGCUACGUGGACAGCGAAACGGGUCGCACGCUCUCCGUGGAAGAGCUGCGCCGCGAGAGCUACCGUCGCGUGCGCUGGCUCGAGUUCACCGUCGCCGCACUGGCCGUGGGCGGGGCGUACCUCUGCUGCUCCCCCGAAGGCUGCCAGCGGUUCAUGCAAGACAAAAAGCAGUUCCUCGAGUCCAUGUCGCAGUGCUUCACCGACCUCACCGUCUUCUACCGGGCAGAGCAGCGGCACCGCAACGCCGAGCUCUUCUCUGUGCUGCUGCUGCUCUACGGCCUGCAGCAGGAGAUGAAGGUCGAGGACCGCUCGUCGUUCUGUCGCUUCCACACGGUCAUCGUGGACGGCGAGCCUCGCCUCUGUCCAGAGAACGCGUCGGAGAGCGUCAACCUCGCGCAGGUGUACCGAGAGCUGGAGAAGCAGCCGCACAUGCUCGAGACGCAGCCGGUGCGGGUAGCCCUUGAGCUCAUCCACUUCUGGGCGGCGCGGCGGUGGUUCCAGUUCUUCGAAUUCUGCGGAUCCGCCCCCAUGACACCGCUGCAGCGCGCCGUCGUCUUUCAGUCCUUCACCUACGGUCGCUACCGCGCGGUGCUGGAUCUCGUGUUGCCCAACUACUACGUCUAUCCAAAAUUGCGCGUGCGACAUGCCAUCCCGGUCGCUGAGUUGGCCGACCAGCUCCUGAUGAACCACGACCAUUGCCUCGAGUUCCUGAAGCGCAUGGGGCUGGAUGCUCAACUCGAGUGCAAGACUCCGCACCAGCUGCAACAACAAGCGGCAAGCUCCUUCUACCCCAUCACGUCCCCGCCGUCCGGCCCCACGGCUGCCACCGUCGCAGGAGCUUCCGCGAGUGGUGGUGGUGGUGGUGAGGCUGGCUGGUACCUGAACCUGUGCCACGCGAACUCGGAGCCUCUCACCACGGCGGAUGAGCUCGAGAAGCGGUGUGUCAACAAGCGGGCUCUCUUCUUCCCCACGCACCCCGCCUUCUUCGGGUUUCGCGUCUCGCACGCGGCGUACGAGCGCUUCCCAGACGCGAAGGGCUUUCCAGCCACCGGUACCGAAGGCGUCUGUGAUGCGCUUGCGGUGGCAGGAAGCGGCUCGCCAGUCGGCCGCGGCGCCGUGCGAUCCCCAUCGGGUCUUCAGGGCCGCGUCGUACCGCGGUCGAAACCGGGGACGGUGCCGAGGAGGCGUUCGGGGUCGGGAAGCCGCGGCGACUCCGGGGACGGUGGUGAUGAGGACUACUACGUCGAUGAGUACUGCCACGAUGGCAGUACCGAAGAAGAGCGCGAGAGGGAUAACGGUAGCGGCGGGGAUGACGACAGCGCCUACGAGAACAAGGGCGAUGACUGCGACUCGCCACCGCAGCGGCAGUCAACGGUGUCUCCUCCCUCUGCGAUGUCGCCCUCCUGGGACAAGGAAGCAGCUCUGCUCGGCCAGCUUGGGUGCCCCGUGAACCUGAUGGAGGUGUUGGAGGCCUACUGCCCACCCUACAACAGCGAAGUCGCCGCGCUGCGGCUGUCGGACACCAGUGAGGAGCUGUUUGCGUCGCUGCCGGCGCACCGCGUGGAGAUGCUGCUCCGCUGCCGCCAUGCGCACCUGCGAGCCCGACACUGGCAAAGGGCAUCGGCGCGUGACGAUGACACUGUUGCGGGGGUGUCCGAGGAGGAGGUGCUGUACUGGGCAGAGAAGAUGGAGAAGGAGUCCGUCUCCACGGCAAGCAGCCUCUUCAACGGCAGUGAUGACGACGAUGUGGACGACAACGAGGGUGAGGAGCAUGACAUCGAUGCGGCAGCGGUGCAUCGCACUUCAGUCGCGGACGUGUCGUCGUCAUCGCAGGCCGACGCUGUCCCAUCAGCAGUCAUCAAAGCCCGGCAGCUGCUCACCGCUAUUCGGGAUAACCCACUCUACGCGGCAGUCGCAGCAGACCGCGCGGAGGCGGAGGCUCGGCGAGCAAAGCAAGAAGAGGUCGACGCGCGAAGAGAAGCAACCGCCACAGAGACAGCUCGAAGUGAUCAACCGCAGCGGGCUCGGGCACUGACGGAGGCGGCUCCAUGCGUUGUCGUCCCCCUACCCGACAACGACAACGAUGACGCCGACCAGCGCUGCAAGCUGCAGAGCCCACGUGCUGCAGGGUCGCCAACGACGCUGCCGACCCGGCGCCCAGUGGACAGGACUAGAAACGACGCUGGUACGCCGGCGGCUACAGAAGGCAGUAUAAUGGGCCUCCCAGACGUGAGCACGGCGCAUCAGAGGCGGCAACAAAGUUUGGACCAGGAAGACUUGGCCACGACGGUGGAGCCGCAGCGGCAUCUGCAGCUACAGAAGCCACCGUCCCCAUCAUCUACGUUGUCGAUGCCGAGGCCUCUCGUGCCCACGGCGGCCAGCGUGUUCACACCUGGCAAACGUGAACCGACCGGUGUUGCUGGCACCGACAGCACAACGCCAAUCCCCACAGCGGGGCAGCGCGAGGGCAGCAGCAGCAACAGCAGCGGUAGCGGUGCACCAAUGCUAGGCUACAGUCACCUGAAGCCGCUGAAGCAGACGCUGUCCGGUGACGGCGAGGAUGACGAGAAGAGUGCUGGUGCUGACACAGAGCCAGGUCUUAUGAGUGGCCGUGGCGGGUCCACCUCCGCGUCUGCUGCCGACGCCUCCGAGGCGACAUCGGACAGCAGCACCCCCGAAGGCGACACAUCGGCGCCGCCUUGCCCGCCUCUGUGGGGCGGACAGCGUCCUUUGCCGGUGCCACCGUCGAAGUCGACGUCCGACAGCUUCACGCCGCGGCCUCCACUAGAAACGCGGCCGGAAUAUUCCGCAGCCGGUGCAGCGUCACGCCGCACCGGCGGAGAGGCGGCACGAGGAGUCGCUACCGAGAACGAGAGCGGCGAGGAUGUUGUUGGGAAGGAGCAGGCGCGCGUCAGCGACGAAGGUGUCUGGAAGUACCAAAAGGCCGAGGCGGCGGGGCGGCGCGGUGUGCUCGUGCAGCGACAGCCAUCGGUGCCUAUCCCUCCCGCCCACGUGGACGCCUUCGCUCGCGUGUGCGUUCCCCUUGUUGAGGAGUACCUGCAACUGUGGGUGCGACUGACCCAUGAAGACGAGAAGACGCUGCGCACAGCAGCGCAGUGCGUGCUCGACAUCCGUGAAGCAGAGGCAGAGGCGCAGACCACGCAGGGCGCUAACGGUGGCACCGAAUGCGGCGAUGAAGCUAGUUCUGCGGUACGCACUGGGCGAGGGCGCCUGGUGCAACGUUGGCACAGCAGCGCACUGAAAGGCGGAGGAGGAGCAACAGCGGCAGCGUCCACGUGGUGGCGGCAGCGGCGUCUGCAAAUCACAGCCCGUGCGAUGGCGCUCGUGGCUCGCCAGCUUCUCACCACGGCGGUGCUUCGGGGCAGCAUGAGCGAGUACGGGCAGCUGAUGUGGGACCUCUCCUUAUCAGGGUGGGCGUCCUCAAAGGCGGCAGACCACGAUUCGGCUUUUGGAAGCGGUCUCCGCGCGACGGACCUGGGCCGCAGAGGCGUGGCGAAGGCGUGCGCGGCGCAGCAGCACACUGCUGUCUAUGACGACAGCGACGACGCGCGAGCGGCGCGCCUAAGCCGCGGUUGCUCUGCCGCCGUGCUCUCUGCAAGCGACGUUGACGCGAUUCUCGCCGCCGCGCAGACACAACCCAACGAGACUUUGGCAAGCAGUGCGGAAGGCGCAGUAACCGCAUGGCCCUCGGCUGCGAGUGCUGCCUCGACGCGCUCUGCGGUGCCCUUCACGCUCACGCAGCGAAAGGCAGGUUUAGGCUACGCGAAGGACACAUGUGAGGCCGCCUUGGGCGAAGCCGUGAGCACCGUCUUCAGCUGCGCCGUUGGAGCAGAGACGCUGCCCGCCCGCGACUCACUCGCAGCUUUGCUCUCCAGUGCCGUCGACGUCUCACUCGACUCCGCCGACGCCUGCAGUCGCUCCCGUCGCGCCUGCACAGCGGCAGCGCUGCAGCUCACCAGCAUCUACAUCUGGGUGAGCACUGAGAGCUACUGGGACCGCGAGUUCCGUGCCACGCCUGCAGCCGUAGCCGGCACCGGCGCGGCGGACGCGGUGGCGUUCGCCCGCCUGUUCCAAAAUGAAAGGGAGCGGUGGCUCGUGUCUGUGAUGCUGCCGGCAACCGCAUGCACGGCAAUGGAGGUCUUCAGUGAUAUGGAUAACACAAGCGGCGAUGAUGAGCAAGCAUCGCGGAGGCAGUCUAACGCAGGCCGACGGGGCGGGAAGCGUCGUCGCAGCAGCGUGCAGCACAGCCAUGUCGGCGACAACACGCGCAGUGUCCUAUGGCUGAGCGAAGUGGAUGCUGGCCCGCACAGCGCGUCUGCGCCCCCUCCAGCCCCGCUUGUGGCGCGGCUGUUUCAACGCGAUCAUUUCGCAGACGUGCGGAUGGUGCGCUCCGUCGUGCUGUCCCCCGGGCACAGCGUUGGCGCUGCGGCCCAUGGGAGCAGCACUCUGCCGCUCAUGACACGCAUCGCCCUCUACGGCUGCGACACGUACACGCUGCCGCGCUUGCGUGUGCGGCGCGAUGGCGGCGUGCGGCUUGCGCAGCAACACAGCGGCUUCUCGACGGAUGACGGCCACGCAAAGGUUGAGCACGUGAAGGCCUCACCAGACUCCACGCGAGCACUGGCGAUGUCCCAUGCCCACUACACGGCCCUCCUCGCCGUCGACGUCGCAGAACCGGGGUACAUGGCGAAGGCGCGGCGUGCGUUGGCAGCGGUCGCCGCAAGUCACGUCGGGUACACGACGGCUGCAUCUGCGCGUGGCGCGGCGGCGGCGAUGGAGUGGAACGGCCGCUGGGAGGGGGUGCCAGAGACGAACUGCGUGGAGGGCAUUGUGUUGUGCCUCCUGAGCUCCCCCGCCCAGCUGACGGACACUGCCUCCGUCGUUGCAGAGCUCGAGGGCAUGUUCUCGGACCUUUGGCAUCACCGACACGGCACAGGCGAGCGGCGCAAGACUAAUACCGUCGCCGCAGCUUCCGCGCCGGCUGUCGUGGGCGUGGAAAUCGUCUACGGGGACGCAGAGGGAGCGAAGGCAGCCAUGAAGAAGGCCAUGCAGACGCUCCUGUCCACUUACGCGCAGCAGGCGAUGGCUGUGCUAGCCAACGACAGCUGA